UUGAGAAAACCCUAAUCAACAGAGUGGUUUUUAGUUUCCCGUCGUCUCUUUGCCGCGCCAGUUAAUUCGAACGGAAGAGAGAGCGAGAGAGGGCGGGGUUGGGCCGGCGAGCAGGUCCAAGAUUUCCUCCCGGCAUUCUCUCUCGCAGGCGCCUACAUCCCUCUCUCUCCGCCGGAUCGCGUUCGCCGCCUGGAGUCCCGCCGCCUCUUUGCCGAAUGCCAGGCGGUCUCGGUGGAUCUGAAUGCCGUACUCCGGCGAGGGCUUUUGAGGCGGAAGAAGCUCGUAACAAUGGGACUGUUCCUGAUGCCGCAGUCAUCCAUGCCCCCACCAAGGACUCCGACGUGGCAUCCUGCCGGCCUCCUCCCCUCGCUGUCCAUACACCGGCAACACGGUUGAAGAGGAAGCUGGAGUGGCCGGUGGAGACGCCGAGGCCCGUGUCUCGGAGUCGGUUCGCACCACGUGCUCAGGAGACGCUGUCGUGGGUGAGUGCCACGCCCCGUGGGCGCCAUGCUAAGACGGCAUAUGGUGGGUCUGUGCAGAGGGAGCCAACCAAGAGCAUGAUGAAGACGCCGCGGAACGUACGGAUGAGUGGUGGUGCCAGGGGGCUCAGACCGGGGUUGAGGUUCUCAAUGGCGGCAAGGGGGCUGCCGGCGACGGUGGUAAAUUCCGUGGAGGUGCCGCAUUAUGAGCUCCAGGAGGACCCCUCGUUCUGGAUGGAGAACAACGUGCAGGUUGUUAUCCGUGUACGUCCUGUAAAUGACACAGAGAAAAACCUCCAUGGUCAUAGUCGGUGCUUGAAACAAGAAAGUGCUCAGAGCAUCACAUGGAUUGGACAGCCAGAAACUCGUUUUACAUUCGACCAUGUUGCUUGUGAAACAGUGAAUCAGGAACUGCUUUUCCGAGUUGUCGGUUUACCUAUGGUUGAGAACUGUAUGGCUGGAUACAACAGCUGUGUAUUUGCUUAUGGGCAGACUGGAAGUGGAAAGACACACACAAUGCUUGGUGAAAUCAGUGAGUUGGGAGUGAAGCCUGGUUCAGAAUGUGGCAUGGCACCACGUAUUUUUCAGUUUUUGAUUGCGAGAAUCAGAGCGGAAGAAGAGAGCAGGAGGGAUGAGAAUCUUAAGUACAACUGCAAGUGUUCUUUCCUGGAGAUCUACAAUGAACAAAUUACAGAUCUUCUUGACCCGUCAUCCACAAAUCUUCAACUCCGCGAAGAUACGCGGGUUGGUGUCUAUGUUGAAAAUUUGACUAAACGCGAAGUUACAUGUGUCAGUGACAUCAUAACACUUUUGAUGCAGGGUUCUGUGAAUAGGAAAGUGUCUAUGACACAUAUGAAUCAUGCGAGUAGUCGCUCCCACAGUGUUCUCACAUGCACUAUUGAAAGUAGGUGCGAGAAGGAUUCCAUAUCUAGUACACGGUUUGCGAGAUUGAAUAUAGUUGAUCUUGCCGGGUCUGAAAGGCAAAUGUCAUCUGGUGCCGAAGGUGAGCGGCUGAAGGAAGCUUCUAAUAUCAACAAAUCAUUAUCAACACUAAGUCAUGUGAUAAUGAGUUUAGUUGAUCUUAAACAUGGAAAGAAAAGGCAUGUUCCUUAUAGGGACUCAAGAUUGACGUUUCUUCUCCAGGAUUCACUUGGUGGAAACUCCAAGACAUUGAUCGUCGCAAAUGUCAGUCCUUCAUUGUGUUCAAGUAACGAAACACUCGGUACCCUCAAGUUUGCUCAGCGUGCAAGGCUCAUUCAGAACAAUGCGGUUGUCAAUGAAGAUGCUUUAGGGGAUGUGCAAGCUUUGCAAGAUCAGAUACAUGUCCUGAAGGAGGAGCUUGCUGUCAUCAAUCAUCAACAUGUCCCUCCAACACAUGGAACCCUUGAAGCUGAAGAGCAGUGCAAAACUGAGGUCGUUUGUCAUCUAUGUGAGGAGAGGGAGUCUGCCAUUCACAAAUUACAGAUGCUGCAGUCUCUAUCUACCAAGCUUCUGCAAGAAAAAGAAAAUGUGGAAGAAUGCCAUCUCCAGAGCCAAAGAACUAUCAAAGAUUUAAGUUCUGAGGUCCUUCAGUUGAAGUCAGAAAUAAUUGACAAAGAGAAGUGCUAUGCAGCUACAAUGAAAGAAUUGGAGAUAGAGAUGCAAGAAAAGAAUAGUGAUGCAACAACAUCACUUAUUUUAUGGCAUAAAGAGAAAGAGGCACUUGAAUUUGAGCUCUCAGAGGCAAAAGGUCUUGCACUACAGAAAUCAUUUGAGGCUUCUAUUCUUCUAGCCAAGUUUCAAGAAGCACAAACAACUAUAGGUGAUGCAGACUCUACAGUCAAGGCACUGGUGGAAGUGAAUGAAAAUGCAAAACUUCAAGCAGAGAAGUACAAACAAAAGGAAUCUUUAUUUACUAUUGAAAAGGAUGACUUGCUAAGUGAAAUGAGUAGUUUGAAGAUGCUGCUGGAUGUGAAAGAACAAAAUUACGUGCAUUUGGAAAGUAAAUUUGAAUCAAGCCUGCUUGAAGCAAAUGAGGCAGCCCUUGAACUGGAAGAUGUCAUCAGACACGUGAAGAAUACGAUAACAGAGAACCUUGAGUGUGUUUCUUCUGAUAUUGAAUGUAUGAAGUCAAAACUACAGCAGUUUGCAGAGUUGACAAGAACAUGGUUGGAGGAGAACUGGUUAGAGAUAAUUGAAAAAGAUUAUGCAGUUUCCGUGUUACACCUCUGUAAUAUGGGGAUUUUGUUGGAGAGAAUUACUGGGCUGCAUGUAGAAAAUGGUUUCCUUCAGCGUGGGAUCUGUGAAUCUGAUUCUUCGAUAUCUAUGCUGCGAGAGCACAAUGAUAAAGCAAAGAAUGGACUGGAAAUUUGUAGUGUUCUCAAAAGAAAGUUACUAGUCGACAUCAACAGCAGGUUUUGUCGUAUUUCAAAGGGACAUGAAGCAACUGAACUGAGCUUAAGAUUGGAUUCUUUCGGGAAGAAAGUUUUGUAUUUGCAAGCACAAGAAGAAGCAAUGGUGGCAAGGUCAGAUUCCAUGCAUAAUGAGCUAUCCGUUUUGACUGAAGAGAUUGAUGCUACCAACAGGAGUUCUUUGGCAGCUCAAUCCAAAGAAAAAGAAGAGCUGCUUAACCAGCUGGAGAAAGCUUUGUUUCUCAAUAGAAUGUUAAAGGACAUGAUGCUUGAGGUUGCGAGUCUGCCUGAAGUGAACAGUGGCAUGCCUGCAAAUGAUAUUAAAGGAUGCAAUGAAUUUGAGUUCUGCAGUUAUCUUGUAAACUACCACCAUGAGUCAGUUAUGAUCAAUACAAUUGCAAAUGAUAUUGAAUCUUUUGUUCUUGCUUCAGAGUUGGAGCAACACAAGGUACAACUGCAAAAACAGAACCUUAUGUUUACUGAAGUAUUUGAACGGAUGAAGACAGAAGUAACUUUGUGGAGAGUUAAGCAGGAUUUGGGCAAUGUUGCAAUUUAUGAUUUACAUGGGGAGAACAGUAAUAUAAUGAUUGAUUUGAAGGACCUGAAGCGGGACAAGGAUGAAGUUAUGGAAAAUCUACUUGCAAUGAGUAAGGAAACCCCAAAAUUCAGAUAUUUAGUUGACUCCUUAGGGUCCAGCAUCAGAUCCUUGCAAACAGACCAAGAUGGAAAAGUCAAAGCUCUUAUGGAGUUGCAAUGCUCCCAUGCAGACUUAUGUAAAGAGCUUGAGUUGAAAGCCAAUGUCAUUGAACUCGGAAUUUCAAUUGAAAAUGCUUUGAAGUUAGAGAAUGAUUCACUGAGACAUGAAAUGCUGCAUAUUCUGUGCAAGGACCGGAGGAUGGUUGAUUUGGUUUCUAAUAUUGAUAUGGAGAAGUUAUCUGUCUCCAUUCAAGCAUGUUUGGAACAAAUUACCGCUCAAGUACAAAUGUUCAUCGAUGAACAAUCAACCAUGAUGAUGAAGUUGUCCAAUGGCUUAAACUUGGUUCAGUUGUCUGUUGAGGAGUUGAGCACACAUAAGUCCUUUUUACAGUCUGAACUAGCUAGGAAAGAUGAAUUGGCAAAGGGCUUAUCAUUUGAUCUUAGCCUACUACAGGAGUCAGCAUCUUUUGCAAAAGAUCAAGCAGAUCAACUUAUUGAGUUGGCUGAGGCAAUUAAAUCAUUAGAACACGAGGUUGCUUCUAAAUCACAUGAUCUUGACAAUCUUGUUUCUGGAAGCCAACUACUGGAAGCUCAAAUCAUGGAGAGCAAUGAAAAGAUUUCGGUGCUAGAGGGGCAACUAGCAAGUACAGUUGGUGAACUAAAUGCAGUUUCUGUGGAGAACACUGAAUGGAGCUAUCAGCUCAACCAUAUUGAACGGAUCAGUUACUCUAGGAAAGAGGAGUUGGUCCAUAGAAGUAAUUCCACUGAAAGAAUGGAAGAAGGGUUGAUUGAGCUGAGAAAUUUACUUGAUGAAAGGAACAGCUUAUUUCAAAAUUUGCAAAAUGAGUUCUCCAAGCUUUCUGAUGAGAAGCAAUACUGUGACUCUCAGGUGCGUAUGUUGAGAGAGAAGCUGGAGAUGGCUCAGGCAGUCGCCGAAAAAAGUGAGGCAAUUGCUAUGGAUGCUCAACAGAUAGCGGAUGAAAGGAAGACAUUUGCUGAAGAGAAGGAUGAAGAAGUAAAACUAUUGGAGAGGUCAGUUGAUGAUCUUGGAAGUGAUGUCUGUGCUCUGGAGAACCUGGUGCGGAACAUCAAGAAAGAAGUAGAGCAACAAAGAAUGCAGAGAGAAGAAUUAGAAGUGGAGCUGCAGAAAGCCAGGCAACAAAUGUCAGCUGUACCAUCCUCCGGGGAAGCAGGGAGUUCUAUGGAAGAUAAAAUGAUUGACUUAACUGACUCAUACAGACACUCAAGAGAUGUAUAUAAUGAGAAUGAACUUGAUGAGCAGCAGGGGAAUAAUCACGAAAGCAUCGAGCUUCCUGAUAAGAGGGUUACAAAAAUCUCAAGUCCUAAAACUGAGCUUGACAUGUACUGUACACAGCAACCUUUGGCUAAUGAAGAUCCCAGAGUGCAACAUUUUAUGGAAAAACUGAAAAGAAUGCAAGCUGCAAGUCGGAAGGCGCGCAACAACAAGAAUCCCUCGAGAGACUAUAGCUGGGUCAACAGCUUGGGGUAGCUGGGUCAAAAUCAGGAACUUUUUUUUGUCUAGCAGGAUGUUGUUGAAUGGCAGCAGUGUCAUGAAAGUGGAUGGAGAGAGUAUGCGCUUUUUCGUUGUACUUACGAUUGUGCCAACUUGAUCGAUGAUGAAGACUUAACUUGAAAACUGAAUUAUUAUUCAAAAAAAUUGAGUUAACUAAUGCAA